CUUUUGUACGGAUUCUCCCCUUAAUCCCUAAUUUUCAUAUCUAUUCACACUCCUCCCAAACUAAAUCUUCCCCAACAACAACAAAAAAAAAGAUUGACUAGUGACUACACGAAGCUUUCUCGCGCCUUUGCUUUUUGGUUGAGAAAAAAAAAAAAAAAUGAUGAUGGAGAGUAGAGAUCCAGCUAUUAAGCUCUUCGGUACAAAAAUCCCUUUUCCGGCGGUUGUUCAGUUGCCGGUGACUGUGGAUGAGGAGGAGGAAGAAGAUGAUUGGAGCGGCGGUGAUGGUGGAGAGGAUAAGUCAGUAUAUAAUAAGGUAACUCCAGAGUUAUCAGAUAAUAAGAAGAACAAGAACUGUAACGACAGAAGUCUAAACAGUUCGAAUGAAUCCAAACCCGAAACAGGGGACAAAGAGGAGGAGACUUCAACGGAUCAGAUAGAGAACAGCGACUCGCCUGAGGAGCAGACCACCGCUGACGGUAAAACCCUGAAGAAACCUACCAAGAUUCUCCCCUGUCCGAGAUGCAAAAGCAUGGAGACCAAAUUCUGUUAUUACAACAACUACAACAUAAACCAGCCUCGUCAUUUCUGCAAGGCCUGUCAGAGAUACUGGACAGCUGGUGGGACUAUGAGGAAUGUUCCCGUGGGUGCAGGUCGUCGUAAGAACAAAAGCUCCUCGUCGUCUCAUUACCGUCACAUCACUAUCACCGAGGCUCUUGAAGCUACGAGGCUUGAUCCGGGCUUGCAGGCAAACACAAGGGUCUUGAGUUUUGGUUUAGAUGCUCGUCAACAACAUGCUGCUCCUAUGACGCCCGUGAUGAAGCUACAAGGAAACCAGAAGGUAUUAAACGGAGCUCAAAACGGGUUUCAUGGUGUACCGGAUCAGCGGCUCGUGGCUCGUCGGGUAGAGAAUGGAGAUGAUUGCUCAAGUGGCUCUUCUGUGACCACCUCUAACAAUCACUCAGUGGAUGAAUCAAGAGCACAAAGCUGCAGAGUUGUUGAGCCACAAAUGAACAACAACAACAAUAAUAGUAUGAAUGGUUAUGCUUGCAUCCCAGGUGUACCAUGGCCUUACACGUGGAACCCAGCGAUGCCUCCACCAGGUUUUUACCCGCCUCCAGGGUAUCCAAUGCCGUUUUACCCUUACUGGACCAUCCCAAUGCUUUCACCGCAUCAAACCUCAUCCCCUAUGAGCCAAAAGGGUUCAAAUACAAACUCUCCUACUCUCGGAAAGCAUCCGAGAGAUGAAGAAUCCGCAAGAUUGGACAACGAAACAGAGCGAAAACAGAGGAACGGAUGCGUUCUGGUCCCGAAAACGUUGAGAAUAGACGAUCCUAACGAAGCAGCAAAGAGCUCGAUAUGGACAACAUUGGGAAUCAAGAACGAGAGGAUGAGCAAAGGCGGUGGUAUGUUCGAAGGGUUUGAUCAUAAGGCUAAGAUGAAUAAAAACAACGACAACAAAGUUGAGAACUCCCCUGUUCGUUCUGCUAACCCUGCUGCUCUGUCAAGAUCACAUAAUUUCCAUGAACGGAACUAGAGUUUAUACAUGUAUGUAUGUAUGUAUAUAUGUAUGAUUGAUUGUAAUGUAUAGAUAUUGGGGAGUUUUUGAGAAUCAAACUCUUUUCUUCUUCCUCGUGACCUUAUUGUUCCUUCAGAUGUUCUUGUACAACAAUGUACACUAUUUAUUUGCUUUCUAUCUUUCAUUUGUCAAAAGUGUAAGAAAGAUAACAGUAAUGGCAAAAAAAGUUGGUGUUGGCCGUU